AUGGAGACUUUUUCCAUCAUCCCCAGUCCGAAAGUCAGCGACACUGUCGUGGAGCCGUACAACGCGGUCUUGUCUUUCCACCAGCUGGUGGAGAACGCGGACGAGUGCUUCCUGUUGGACAACGAGGCGGUUUACGACAUCUGCCUCCGCACGUUGAAGCUGACCACUCCGACCUACGGGGGCCUCGACCACCUGGUGAGCGCGGCGAUCAGCGGCGUGACAACGUGCGCGCGCUUCCCGGGGCAGCUCAACUGCGACCCGCGCAGGAUCGCCGUGAACCUGAUCCCGUUCCCGCGGCUGCACUUUUUCAUGACAGGCUUCGCACCGCUCACGUCGAGAGGCUCCCAGCAGUGCCGUGCUUUGACGGUGCCCGAGCUCACGCAGCAGAUGUUCGACGUCCUGCAGGUCAACACUGUGUCAGGUUCCUCGCAGAAGCACCGCCCCCGCCAGCAGAUGUUCGACGCGAAAAACAUCCUGGGGCGUGGUCCUGUGGGGCGCUCCUUCCCUGCAGGGGGCCACUACGCUGGGGCGCGGUCACCAUAUGCCGCGAGGGCUGGGGCUGGGUGGCUGACCGUGGUACUCAACCCACGGGGUUGCCCUGCCCAGUGA